UUUACUAAAUGGAUCAUCUUCAAAGGCAACUGGUCACAGAGAAUUUGAUUCAACCCUAAAAACAAAUGCACCCCACGCUUUAAAGAUUUUAAAACAAAUGCAAUUUCCUCUCUACUUCCCAACAUCUCUGAACUCUGUGUGAAUCUAUUACUUAAAAUUCCAGAAAGUGAAAAAGUUUGGAGGGUGUUGAACGGUUUUGCAAGGCGCUGUACAAACGUCUGUGUUGAAAACAUCUUGAGUGCAUUUUUAUCAGUAUUACAGGAAAUGCCAAAGAAGCCGCUGCUGAAGUAAGAUAUGUCACUGCCAAGGCCCAAUGUUUUCAUCCACAUACCAUUGUUUAAUUUUCUCUUUUUAUUUUUUUUAUUUUUGACUGGGAGGAGACAUGGUUUUAAAUAAUGUGGGGAAGUCUUUAAAGCAUUUCUGAGUAAUGUGAGGAAGUGUUUAAAGUAUUUUUAAAGUAAUGUUAGGAAGUCUUUAAGGCCAAAUGGGCUUAAACUGACUGACAGUAUAAAAAAGAUGAUUUGUCAUAAGCCGCUUCUGCAGCUGUGCAGUUUCAAAAGGGGCUAGAAGUUGUGUGUUUUGCUUCUGGACCUGAUUUCAUGUUGAAGCUGAACCCGGUGCAGCUGUGGACUGGAGUUUAUUCAGCUUUCUGUUGAAAAAGGCCUCAGACGAAUCAACACUCAGCCACUUAUAGAAACACUAAUUGGUUCAGAGCUCAGAUGAGACAUUUUCUUAAGGGACAUUCUGUGGAUGUGAGGAAUUGGUUCACUGCCUGUUCUUCUAGGUUUCUCUUCAUUUAUUUGAGGCAAUAACAUAAAAAUUUUGUUUUUUGCACACUACUAAGCAUGUUCAUUUUUCUCACUGAUGCUUUUGCUUCUGUCGUUUCGUAGUUGAGAUUUUGACUCGGUAUGUAAUUUAUUUAUCUACAGAUAUUUUGAGGACAUGAAUGAGUGUGAACUCAUGGCCUGGCUGGUUGAGUUUGGGAGAAAAAUGUGCCAUGUUGCCUAAUUUUAACUUUGAGAUGUACUUGCUGUACAAAUGGUGUUUUUGAAGGAGAAUAAAUCCUCCAGCCGCUCGCCGUAAUGCCUGCUUAGUAACCCGAUCGGGUUUGGGGUCAUGUUCAGGAAUGUCACUGAAAGAAAGCAGAAGGGAAAAGUACAGACACUCUUUUAAGGUCUUGCACCAAUCAGAACUUCUGAUCCGUUUUCAAUUGAUCUUUGACCAAUUUUAGCCAAUUCCAAUUUCCUCUAGAACUACUUAUAGCAGAAAUAAAUAUGUAAUUCCAUUUUCUUGGUGUAAUUGAAAAUCUACCUGUUUCCCCAACACAAUUAACUCAAACCAUUUCUCAUCACGUUAAACGUCUGAUAAAUAAGUGUCACAGAUGGUGAAUUGUCAUCCAGACUUGAGGGUAGCAAAAGAAAUCCUCUUCUUCAUCAUUUUGUCACCUCUGGUCUUGUUCUGUGUUCGGCCUCUGAAUGAUGACAUGGAGCUGAUCGAUGCUGCCGAUCGGUUCUCGGGGCCCUGAUUGGCUCAGUGGAGCCGAAGGACGCCGUGUCCUCUGCAGCGCUGGAGCUGAAGCUCUGACUGCCAGCUGGAGUCUGAAUGAAGAGCAGCGAACUGUGCAGCAGAGAAGAGCUUUUGCUUUCACAUUGCAGGUCCAACAGAUUGCAGAGUGCAGUGUAGCUCCCAUUGCGAUGGAGGACAGUGACCACCAGCCCUCCUCUUCAUCAGACGAGCAGGACUCUUGCCCGUCAUCGCCCAAUCAGAUCAGGCACCAUAAUGCUGCACAGCAUUUGAGCCAUUCAGACGACUCCGAAGUGGAGAACAUAAUGCACGACCCUCCGCAUCACGGAGGGAACGGCCAAAACCACGACGCUCACGAUGCCGACAGCCAAGACCGACCCGUCAGCCCGUCUCGUUUGCAGCCCCCCGCGCCGGGUCGAGCCCAGUCAGAUUCAGGUUCAGAUACCAGCUUGUCGCAGAGCAGAAGUGUGGAGUUUGACUUGACGUCUCCCAUCAGCCCCAACAGGCCGAGGAGCCCCUGGGCUCUGUUUGACCCCUACAGCAAUAAUGAGGACCCAGACAAGGAAUAUGUGGGCUUUGCAACGCUGCCAAACCAGGUGCACCGCAAAUCUGUCAAGAAAGGGUUUGACUUCACCCUCAUGGUGGCUGGCGAGUCUGGCCUGGGAAAGUCCACCCUGGUCAACAGCCUGUUUCUCACAGAUUUGUACAAAGAUAGGAAGCUGCUUAACGCAGAAGAGAGAAUCACACAGACGGUUGAAAUCACCAAACACACCGUGGACAUAGAGGAGAAAGGUGUGAAGCUGAAGCUCACCAUCGUGGACACCCCUGGAUUUGGUGACGCUGUCAACAACACUGAGUGCUGGAAGUCGGUGGCUGACUACAUCGACCAGCAGUUCGAGCAGUACUUCAGGGACGAGAGCGGCCUCAACCGCAAGAACAUCCAAGACAACCGCGUUCACUGCUGCCUUUACUUCAUUUCACCCUUCGGCCACGGCCUCCGGCCACUGGAUGUCGAAUUCAUGAAGGCUCUGCACGAGAAGGUCAACAUCGUACCCAUUCUGGCCAAAGCCGAUACGCUCACCCCGAGCGAGGUCAAGAAAAAGAAAAUCAAGAUCAGAGAGGAGAUCGAGCAGUACGGCAUCAAGAUCUAUCAGUUCCCGGACUGCGACUCCGAUGAAGAUGAAGAGUUUAAGCAACAAGACCUUGAGCUGAAGGAGUGCAUCCCUUUUGCAGUAAUUGGCAGCAACACGGUGGUGGAGGCCAAAGGGAAGCGGGUGAGGGGCCGCCUCUACCCCUGGGGCAUCGUGGAAGUGGAAAACGCCGCCCACUGUGACUUCAUCAAGCUGAGGAACAUGCUGGUCCGCACACACAUGCAGGACCUGAAGGACGUGACCCGGGAGACUCACUACGAGAACUACAGAGCCCAGUGCAUCCAGAGCAUGACCCGCAUGGUGGUCAAGGAGCGCAACCGCAAUAAGCUGACCAGGGAGAGCGGCACAGACUUCCCCAUCCCCACCGCCCCCGGAGCGUCGGACAGCGAGAAGGAAAAGCUCAUCCGAGAGAAAGACGAGGAGCUGCGGCGGAUGCAGGAGAUGCUGCAGCGGUAUCAGGACCACUUGAUCACCCAGAAGGACGGAUGUUAACGAAAGACUCGCCACAUUUAAAAAAAACAAAAACAAAACAGAGAGAGAAAACACCCAGACGUCCUUCAUCCCUCAACCCGAACACUUGAGAUCCUGGAUGUGUGUGUGUGUGUGUGUGGGUGUGUGUGUGUGUGUGUGUGUGUGUGUGUGUGUGUGUGUGGGUGGGUGUGUGUGUGUGUGUGUGUCUCCUCUCAGCUCAUCAAGCAUGCGACUCACCAGCCGGGUGAGGAGACGGUAAGACCUCAGAGACUCUCUGCUGAAUCUACCAAGCACCUGGUUACAUAUCAGAACUUUAACUCGGACCACAAAGGUUCAUGAGGUUCACGUCAAAGUGGCCACAUCACUUUCCUCUCGUCGUUUUCUCUGUCCUGCAUGUUUUCACUUUUUAUACGUCUCCCAUGUUUCUGUCUAAUCACACCCAGCCACACUCCGUCUCUUUAUAAUAUUGAUUUAGUCUCCUCUGCCACUCAUGUUAUUGGUUUCUUUUUUUUUAAUGUAUAUUUGUUGUUUGAGUGUCGACAUAUUUAAUUUUAUUCUCACCUCCAACGCCUCGCUUUGACACUUCACGGAUGGUUCCUGCGUCUUAGAGAUUUCACAUAUUUACUUACUGACAUGAAAUGUCAGCAAAUGGCUUCCACGGUUUAUUAGCAGUUCUGGUAAAGACGAGUACAAACAUAAUUGGGAUUGAUUUAUUGAUAGCUGUUCCAAUCAAAGGUAGGUGGAAACCUGAUGUUAGCAAUCAGAGUAUCUGUGGCGCUUCAAAGUAAAUAGAGACCCGGUGAAUUUAUUAAAUUAAUAAUGAAGUUUGAAGAUUUUUCUGAUUUUGUUCCGAGUCGUAUUGAGCCACUAAGACAAGAGGUGUUUUUAUUUUAAGGGUUUUUACACACCUGCAGCCGGGCUGCUGAUGAACGUGGAGGACGCUGUGAAUCACUGAUUUACUUUGCAGUUUAUCUGAAGUUGUUUUGCGUCGGCCCAGGAUUUAGAGCAUGAGGUGUGACGGUGCAUUUAUUUCUGCAUGCAGGUUUCUAACGACGAGCUCAGACUGCAGGUUUGCUUAAUAAACUUUGGUUUUUUGGGGGGAAAUGUCAGGAACAAUGUGGGUUUCUUAUGGUUUGAUUGGAUUUAGUGAUGUUUUCUUCCUUUAAGGUAACUCUUUAUUUUGGGGACUGUAAAUGUUAACACUCGUCCUUCAUUAUUAAAUUUGAAUUUAUCUUACAAAGCAUCAUUUUGGGUUUAAACGUUUUGACAUUCAUCUUGCUUUCGUCAGUAAUAUUAUAUUUCUGUUUUUUUUUAUUUGUUUUAUAUUAAACUUCUGUCACUUUGUUUCUUGGAAUAUAUUUAUGUAUUAAAUUUAUACGUUAAUUUUGGAGGGAAACAUGAAUUAUAAUGUAAUAACUUUAGUUAUAUUGUAAUAAAAUAUUUUGAAACUGUC